AUGAUACAAGAAAAGAGGAAGGACGACUUUAUUAAGUUGAAACAAAUGUUGCUAAGUGUAGUCGAGUAUGAGGAAUGGUUCACCAAACUUUUCAAAUUUGCCCUAGAUCUAGUGGUCACGGAGCGCAAAAGGAAAAGGAAAUUCAUUCAAGAGUUAAAUAUAGAAAUCCAAGAGUCCCUAGCAACAACCAAGAUCACCAUUUUCACGGAUGCCUUGGAUAAGGCACAGAGGAUAGAGAAUGCUAAGUCUCAAUCCAAAACCUUUCAUGCUAGAAAGAGGAGCAAUCCAAGCAAUACCCCUGAACUGUCUGAAAAGUCUACCCAACCCCUUAAGAUGGAAAGAGGGGCUGGAGGAGUGAGGAUGCCCGGAAAAUCAGGAAGAGCUCCAUCAAGGGAGCCCCGCCAAAAGGAAAUCAUAGUGGGUGAGCCUAAUCACACCGAGGCCGAGUGCUGGAGAAAGCAAGGAAAGUGUCUGCUCUGCGGUAAUGCCGAGCAUCAGAUAUCGAGUUGCCCUAAUGCCCAUAGGGAAGGAGGAAAUACUCAGCAGCCUGCUAGGUCCGUUUCAAAGCAGUCGAGUGCUGGAGGGAGCCAACCAAAAGUGCCAGCUAGGCUUUAUGCCUUAAACAACCAGCAAAUCCCUAACCCAACCGAAGUGGUGGAAGGUACGAUCCCCUUUUUUCAUCGCCUAGUUAGGGUUUUAAUCGAUCCCGAGGCAACUCAUUCAUUCAUAGAUCCUAACUUUAUGAAGGGUAUAGAUGUAAAGUGUGAUUUCUUACCUUUUGAUUUGGAAUUUAAGACUCCUACGGGGAACCAGUGCCUAAUUGCUAAUAAGGUUUAUAGAAAUUGUGAGAUUUGGGUUGGUGAGAGGAAAUUGUUGGCAGACUUAAUGAGCCUAGCAAUUAAGGGAUAUGAUGUGAUACUUGAAAUGGAUUGGUUAGAUCGAUACCAUGCUCAAUUGGAUUGUAAGAUGAAAUUAGUAGAAUUACGCAUCCCAGGGGAAGCAACUUUGAAGUUAGAUGUGAUGGAUAGACUAGUAUCGUCUACUUUAAUUUCAGGGAUUCGAGUUAGAAAAUUGUUGAGUAGUGGGGGUAAAGGAUAUCUAGAUUUUCUUAUAAAUGCACUUAGGGAUAAGGUGAAGUUGGAAAACGUGCCAGUAGUGAAGGAAUUUUUCGAUGUUUUUCUCGAGGAGUUAGAGACGUUUCCUCUGGAGAGAGAAAUAGCAUUAAAAAUUGAUGUAGCUCCGAGGACGGCACCUAUCUCUAAGACGCCUUACAGGAUGGCUGUGAGAACCUUGAGAAGUAUAGAUAUACAUAUAUACAUGUAUGUACACGUUAAAUGUGCAUUUUAG